GUUAGAGCAUCCAGCCUCCAAGAGUUAACCUGCAGCGGUGUUCGGAAGAGCCAAGGCAGAGGAUACACAAUCAUCCCGGCAGGCAGGCAGGCACUCUGGCUUGCAGGGAAUGACAUGCGGUUUUGAAUGAGCAGCUGCAGGAGCGAGUUGGGGAUCUUACAGGAGCUGUCCUUGGAAUGUAGAGAAACAGCCACAGCAAGAGAGAAUGUAAGAAAUGGCGUGUGGUUCCUGAAGAGGAGCUGGGAUGACUAACUUUGAUUGUCAACUCGAUUCGACGAGAAAUUCCUACGGCAUUAGUGAGGUACACCUUUGGGCCUCCCUGUGAGGGACUUUCUAAACAGAAUUAAUUUAGGAGAGGAGACCCACCCUGCGUAGGCAGCAUCAUGACAUGGGCUGGGGGCCAGACUGAACAACGAAAAAACAGGAACCGGCCAGGCCGCAGGUAUGCUAAUGAGAACUUCAAGGCUCCCAGACUUGCCUAUGGAAUCUUUCCUCAGUAGAUUUGAAGACACACCGAGAAAUCAGCCUCACAAUCUGCAGGGACAAGGAACAAGAUUCUGAAUGGACAUUUGCUCUCCUGGGAGGUGAACCCUGUUUUGAUUCACAGACUCGGGAGAAAUGGCAAAGCGCACCUUCUCCACCUUGGAGGCAUUCCUCAUUUUCCUUCUGGUAAUGAUGACAGUCAUCACAGUGGCCCUUCUCACCCUCCUGUUCGUCACCAGUGGGACCAUUGAAAACAACAAAGAUUCUGGAAAUCAUGGGUCUUCAACCACCCAGGACCCCACAACCACCCAGACUUCUCCAAUUACACAACCCCCAGACCCUCCUCCAUUUCAGAACUUCAGUGGCUACUACAUUGGUGUUGGGCGAGCUGAUUCCACAGGACAAGUAUCAGAUAUCAAUUUGAUGGGCUAUGGCAAAAGUGGCCAGAAUGCACGGGGCCUCCUCACCAGGCUGUACAGUCGCGCUUUCAUCUUUGUGGAUCCAGAUGGGUCAAAUCGCAUGGCGUUUGUCAGUGUUGAACUAUGCAUGAUUUCCCAACGACUCAGGCUGGAGGUCCUGAAGAGACUAGAGAGUAAAUAUGGCUCCUUGUAUCGAAGAGACAACGUUAUCCUGAGUGGCACUCAUACACACUCGGGUCCAGCAGGAUUUUUCCAGUACACUCUUUUUGUAUUAGCCAGCGAAGGGUUCAGCAAUCGAACCUUUCAGUACUUCGUGUCUGGCAUCGUGAAGAGCAUUGAGAUAGCACACGCGAAUCUUAAACCAGGCAAAAUCUUUAUGAACAAAGGAAAUGUUGCCAAUGUGCAGAUCAACCGAAGCCCCUCUUCUUACCUUCAGAACCCACCGUCAGAGAGAGCGAGGUAUUCUUCAAACACAGACAAGGAAAUGUUAGUCUUGAAAUUGGUGGAUUUGAAUGGAGAAGACUUGGGCCUGAUCAGCUGGUUUGCCAUCCAUCCUGUUAGCAUGAACAAUAGCAACCACCUUGUAAGUAGUGACAAUAUGGGCUAUGCAGCUUACUUAUUUGAGCAAGAGAAGAACAGAGGCUAUCUACCUGGACAGGGACCCUUUGUAGCAGGCUUCGCUUCAUCAAAUCUUGGAGAUGUGUCCCCCAACAUUCUUGGCCCGCAUUGUGCCAACACGGGAGAGUCUUGUGACAAUGAAAAAAGCACCUGUCCUGUCGGUGGGCCUAGCAUGUGCAUGGCCAGCGGACCCGGACGAGAUAUGUUUGAGAGCACACAAAUUAUAGGACGGACCAUCUACCAGAGAGCCAAGGAGCUGCAUGACUCUGCCUCCCAGGAGCUGACUGGACCAGUGCUGGCCGCUCACCAGUGGGUGAACAUGACAGAUUUGAGCGUCCUGCUCAAUGACACAUAUGCAGUGAAGACUUGUAAACCUGCCCUGGGCUACAGUUUUGCAGCAGGCACAAUUGAUGGAGUUUCGGGCCUCAAUAUUACACAGGGAACAACAGAAGGGGUUCUAUUUUGGGACACGAUUCGGGACCAGCUCUUGGGCAGACCAUCUGAAGAAAUCAUAGAGUGCCAUAAACCUAAGCCAAUCCUAGUUCACACUGGAGAGCUGACAAAACCUCAUCCUUGGCACCCAGAUAUUGUUGAUGUUCAGAUUGUUACUCUUGGGUCCCUGGCCAUUGCUGCUAUUCCUGGGGAGUUUACAACCAUGUCGGGACGAAGAUUUCGAGAGGCAGUUAAAAAAGAAUUUGAAUCUUAUGGGAUGAAGGAUAUGACUGUUGUUGUUUCCGGUUUAUGCAAUGUUUACACACAUUACAUCACCACAUAUGAAGAAUAUCAGGCUCAGCGGUAUGAGGCAGCAUCUACAAUUUAUGGACCACACACUCUGUCUGCAUACAUCCAGCUCUUCAGAGACCUUGCUAAGGCAAUCGCUACGGACACAGUAGCCAACAUGAGCAGCGGUCCUGAGCCUCCAUUCUUCACAAACCUGAUAGCUACACUUAUCCCUAAUAUUCAAGAUAGAACACCAAUAGGAAGAAAUUUUGGUGAUGUCCUGCAGCCAGCAAACCCUGAAUACAGAGUGGGAGAAGUGGUUGAAGUUACAUUUGUAGGCGCUAACCCAAAGAAUUCAGCAGAAAAUCAGACCCAUCAAACCUUCCUCACUGUGGAGAAAUAUGAGGACUCUAUAGCCGACUGGCAGAUAUUGUAUAAUGAUGCCUCCUGGGAAACGAGGUUUUAUUGGCACAAGGGAACACUGGGUCUGAGCAAUGCAACAAUUGAAUGGUAUAUUCCAGAUACCGCACAGCCUGGAAUCUACAGAAUAAGAUAUUUUGGACAUAACCGGAAGCAAGAACUUCUGAAGCCUGCUGUCAUACUUGCAUUUGAAGGCAUUUCUUCUCCUUUUGAAGUUGUAACUACUUAGUGAAAAGUUGACAGAUACUGAAAAAACUGCUUUCCUCUGUGUACAUUGUAGAGUGAUUUCACACAAAUGUGAACUAUCAGUUUGAUUUUUGUGACUGUCCCUACUUGGGGUGCAGAUAGUUUAUUGCUAGUGGGACAGAUGUGAGUGUUUAUAUGAUUAUGCACAUGCAUGCUCAACAGGAAGGGAGGAAGGGAAGAAGUGAAGGGAGAGCGAGAGAGAGAGAGAGAGAGAGAGAGAGAGAGAGAGAGAGAGAGAGAGAGAGAGAGAGAGAGAGAGAGAGAGAGAGAUUACUAGUGAAUGAGAGAAUAAGUAUGAGAGAAUUCCUCUGGCAGCCAUGCACCUUGCGGUCUUUGUCCUAAAGCAUGCUUUUACUUGAGACUUUGUGGUUGCUUAAGAGAAAAUUCCCUUUAAUAUGAAAUCUCAGAAAGACAGUAUCUGAAGAUAUGUGAACAAUGUUUAACCUAUUUAUUUAUAGACUUAUUGAGUGAGAAUGCUAGGAAACAUUCUAGAAAUCCUCUAGAUUGAUACUUGAUUUUCCAGAGAUGAAUAAAAAGGUAAUUUGCUUUAGGUUAGAAUAAGAUUAGUAUAUAUUUUUGCCUACUUGCAUUUACAAAGUGUAAUGUAUCCUUACUAUAAAUAUAUGAGCCCAGCUAAAAUACACACAGAAAAUUAGCAUGCCAGUUUUUCCUGCAUUCAAAUGAUCUUAGUCCUUUCAAUCAGUCACUUUGGGAUGGGUCUGCCUGGCUCAGGGUUAUUGUUCAUGCUCAGAUCUUUUCUGGAGUUGCCUCCAGAGUCCAACUAUGCGGAUGUCACUUACAGUGCUUUGAUUACACCUUGUAUUUCUCAAAGUGUCCUUAUCUUGUUAGAUCAUGUCUAUUCUUCCCAAGAUUAACUCUAAAUGAUUUUUAAAGGUUUUCACCAGUAAAUGUACCUCAAACUACAAAGUUUUGCCUUGAAUGUAGGAUUUAAAACAAAAAUGUUAAGGUAGUCAUCAAAGGGGAAGUUUUAAAAGCACUUAUCUGUUCUUUUAUCAGCUGCUCACCCACUCAUGGUUCCUUUGAGUUAUGGAGUAGUUAUUUAAACAUAAAUACACCAUGUUGUGCUCGUUGAGAUGAUUGUGUAAGAUGAUCCUUUGAAGGAUAAAAUAGUCAACCAGAAAUAUAAAUUCUGGAGAGACAUUUGAAAAUCACAAAGUUUCAAGUCAUCUAGUAUAUGUUUUCUAUGCUGAGUAUUAUGAUUUGGAAGGAGAGAAUCCCCAAAAAAUUUUUAAAUAUUAAUCUGAAAAUCUAAUGAAUGAGAUAGGAUAAUCUAACAUGAAAUGUCUGAAAGUACUAGUUUCAUUUAAAAUGAUCUGAGUUAGUUAGUCAAGUCAUAUUAUUGUAGGUAGGUAAAGCAGUAAGCAUUUUAGGAGAAAAGUCAGUCUUCAUUUCAAAACUAAGCUUGUUUUAAAAGCAACAAUGGUAAGGCAAGCCUGCACUUUUUUCUUAUGGCUUAUGUACUUAAACACAGUAGACCAAAUCAAACGGAGCCCAGAGCAUGGCUUGGUAACUCUGUUUUCCAAACAGUGUUUCUAAGGAGGUUAACUGCUGAAGAAUGAACUAAUCAGGUUUUUCACGGGUUAUGAGAACAUCUGUCCUGAUGAGAACACCCUAUUACAUGUAAAGGCUCAAGGACUUAACACAUUUUGAAAAUAAUUUAUCUCAAAAUAAAAUACAUAUUAGAAGCCAUGUGUGCUUUAAAAUGUAUUUCCCAUGGCCCAGAACAAUAUGAGGAUGUAUUUUCCACCACCAUUAUCCCCAGUGAAGCUUUUCUCAAAAAGUCUACCUAGGAGUCUCUAUCAUUGGUAACUAUGCCACAGUGGCCAUUGUGUUGUGUAUCUAUGUUCCCAACCCUGCAUGGAAAUAAAUCACAGAAACAUAGUUCCUCAGUAGAAUUAAUCUCUUCCAGCCCAUGUGCUUCUAGUUUGCAGUCUAUGAAAAAACCAGCCAGGUCCCUUCAUUAUACAAUCAUAGUUAACUGGGCAUAAAGGAACCUCACGAGGUAACUGAUCUGAGCAGUUCAUCUAAAGCCACAGACCCUGUUGGUGUCUCUGUCUGGAAAUAGCUUUACAGAGUCAAAGUGUGUGGAGGAAACUCUGGAGAAAGGCUGUGGAGAGUGAGUGGUGGUUGGGUUGGUGAGAGCACUGCUUAGGAGAGUCUGUUUGUCCAGCUUAGGAGGAGAGUCUGUUUGUCCGGCUUAGGAGGAGAGUCUGUUUGUCCGGCUUAGGAGGAGAGUCUGUUUGUCCGGCUUAGGAGGAGAGUCUGUUUGUCCGGCUUAGGAGGAGAGUCUGUUUGUCCAUCUUAGGAGGAGAGUCUGUUUGUCUGGCUUAGGAGGAGAGUCUGUUUGUCCGGCUUAGGAGGAAAGUCUGUUUGUCCGGCUUAGGAAGAGACUCUGUUUGUCUGGCUUAGGAGGAGAGUCUGUUUGUCUGGCUUAGGAGGAGAGUCUGUUUGUCCAGCUUAGGAGGAGAGUCUGUUUGUCCGGCUUAGGAGGAGAGUCUGUUUGUCUGGCUUAGGAGGAGAGUCUGUUUGUCCAGCUUAGGAGGAGAGUCUGUUUGUCCAGCUGUCUGUUCUUUACUUGUUGUGCCUUGCCUACUCUGAUUUCAAGGGUACUGUGAUUCCUUCAGAAUGCAUAGAAUAACUUUUUCCAGGUCUAUAUUUUUGAUGCAUAUUCUGCAAAAAUUGUCAGUAUUCAAGAGACCAUUUAAUAAUAAAUUAAGAAUUAUACUUGGAAAA